AUGCCGCUCAAAUCCGAUGUUGUCAUUGAGGCGGCGAAGUUUGAUCCUGCCAACAAUUCCGAGCAAGCGAACAAGCUUAACCAGUAUUUACUAUCUGUAGGGGACAAAGGACCAGCAUGGUAUGAGGUUGGAGCUCCGAAGUAUCGAGAGAUGAGAUGGAAGGGCGAGAGCGCUUUUCCCGCGCCAACAGUGAUUGCAGCUGGAGUCAACUUCACUAUUCCCUCUCGAGAGCCAGGUCGCAAUAUCCCGUGUCGAGUCCUGUACCCUUCGAAGCGAACGACGGACACCGACCGUAAACAAUGUAGAGGAUCUGUGAUGCAUAUUCAUGGGGGAGGCUGGGUAUUGGGCGACGAGAGAUCCAGCGAUCCGCUGUGCCAAUUCUAUGCUGACACUGGCGACUUGGCCGUGGUCACUGUUGGGUAUAGACACGCACCAGAAGAUCCUUUUCCGAAAGGACCUGAGGAUUGUUUCGAUGCGGGCGAGUACUUGGUGAAAAAUUCCGAGAAGGAUUACGGGGGACCUCUACGAUUUAUAGGUGGAGAGUCUGCUGGUGGUCACCUGUCAUUGCUCGUCGUCUUCCACCUUCUUAAGGCGUUUUCGAAGCUGGAUCUCUGUGGAUUAAUUCUCAACUUCGGCUGCUAUGAUCUUACCGAAACACCAAGCCAUGUCAAUACUGGAAAUACUCCUAUCAUACCUCCGAAAACCUUGGAACAUUUCCGAAACGCUUUUCUUCCAAACAUGAGUCUUCUUGAGAGGAGGUCCCCUUCAGUAUCACCAUACUACGAAAACUUGGCUCCAUUCCGUGGUCGUCUCCCUAGCGCUCUCUUUACCUGUGGAACUGAGGAUCCGCUGUUGGAUGAUAGCGUUAUGAUGGGUACGCGGUGGCUGAUGGCUGGUGGUGAGGCGUAUAUUAAGAUAUAUACCGGAGGGCCACAUGGCUUUGUUGCAUUUGGUGAGGCUUUGAAGGAGGCUCAGAUGGCGAUGGGCGAUAUUGCAACUUAUAUCGAGCAGUGCAUGGAAAAGCUGGAUUCAUAA